GCCUCCUCCUCCAUGAGCACCUCGGCGGCAGCAGCAGCCCCCGUUAGGCUGAUGCCCGGCGGGCACCCGGAGCAGGCGGCGGCGGGGGCCGUGCCACCCGUGAGGCUCCUGCGCGUCCCCGCCGCGGGCCCGGCGGCCGAGCGGGGCAGCCUCGCCGCCAAGGUGCCCGGCAGCCCAGCGCCUUCCGCCGCCCCGCAACCGCCGCGCCCGCCGGCCGUCCCUAGGGGCCCGCGGCCGGUAGCGCCCAAGGGGCCAUCCACGGCCACCCUCCGGUUACCGGCCAACUUCCAGCUGCCCCCGGGAACUAUUCUUAUCAGAAGCAAUAAUGGCCAACUAAUGCUGCUGUCUCAACAAGCAACUGCAGGGGCUCAGAACCAGCCCCAGAACAACACAAGUGUGAGACCACCUGUACUGACCAGCAUGCCUGUGGUCAGAGUAUGUACUGUGCAGAACUCUGGCACCCAAUUACUGAAGAAACUAACAGCUCCUCCUGGGAAACCAUCACCUCCAGCAACAAAUGCUGUGGCUUCUACUGUUCAGCCACCUGCUGCAGUCCAGCCAGCAGCUGCAGCCGGCAGUGUUACUGCACUUACUGCUGUAAAGCCUUCGAGUACUGGAACACCUGUAAAACUUCCAGCUACAGGACCACCUGCACAAGCUAUUUCCCCAAAGGCAGGCUCUGUGAAAGCAGAGGGCACAACAGUAGCACAGACCAGCACUUCUACAGACGUGCUGGAGAACGUGAAGAAGUGCAAGAAUUUCCUUGCUACACUAAUAAAACUGGCAUCUAGUGAACCUCAAACCUCUGUGAUGGGGCAGAACGUGAGGAAUCUGGUGCAGAAUCUCCUGGAAGCAAAAAUUGAACCAGAAGAAUUUACAAAGAAGCUGUACAUAGAGCUCAAGUCAUCUCCACAACCAUGUUUAGUUCCUUUUCUCAAGAAAAGCCUGCUUGCCCUGCGCCAGCUGGUGCCCAAUGCACACAGCUUCAUCCAGCAGUGUCUGCAGCAGCCAGCUCCAGCACAAGAACCUCUUUCCACUUGCACCUCUGCAGCCCCAGCUCCUCCCAUAGCAGUGACAACUUCAGCUGUAGCAACAACUUCGCCUCCAGUUACAAACCCGGUGUCUGCCUCUGGAACAGUCACAGUGUCUGCAGUUCUGCAGCCAGUGUCUGCUGCUGGAACAGCCACAGACUCUGGAACAGCCACAGCAUCUACAGUUCUGCAGCCAGUGUCUCCUGUUCCUUCCUCUGCAGUGGUGCCAGCAUCCCUUCGGCCUGCAGCUGCAGUGCUCACCACAGUGCCAGCCCCGUCAGGCCUGGCUGCUGCCCAAGCUGCUAAGCCAGUCUUCACCUCUGCCGUGGCACCGUCCUCUCUCCGCUCCGUGAAGUCACUGCUGGUCUCCACAGUGAGCUCUCCAUCAGCAAGCCCUCUGCAGCCCCUGAAGGCAGCUGCUGGAGCUCCCAUCAGCAUUAAAAUCUCCCAGCCCAGCUCGGUGCCUGCGCAGUCAGUGGGUGCUCAGCAGGUGGUUAAAGUCAAACAGUUGGUAGUCCAACAACCAGGAGGUACCAUUGUGAAGCAAGUAUCCAUGCUCCCCCAGCCCUCCGUGCUGGCCCUGCAGACAUCUCCUGAGGAAAAGAUGCCACUGAAGACAGUGCUUCAGACUAGCCAGUUGCUUCCAGGUUCCAUUGUGAAACAAAUUACCCUGCCAGGAAACAGAAUUCUGUCGCUUCAAGCAUCUCCUCUUCAGCAAGCUAAAAUAAAAGAGAAUGGAGCAACAUCCUUCAGGGAAGAAGAUGACAUAAAGGAUGUGGCUUCCACGGCUGGCAUCAGCGGCGCCGAGGAGAGCAGGUGCAUUUUGGCAGCAGGCUCCGAGCUCGUCGGUGCUGUCAUCCACUCGUGUGCAGAUGAACCUUUUCUGUCCUCAGAAGCACUCCAGAAGAAGAUCUUGGAGAUAGGUAAAAGGCAUGACAUUGUGGAACUCAACUCUGAUGUUGUGAACUUGAUCUCCCAAGCUACACAGCAGAGAUUAAGAGGGCUCCUAGAAAAACUGACUGUAAUUGCUCAGCACAGAGCAUCAACCCACAAGGGCAAUGACAAGUACAUGGUAUCUAGUGACACCAGGGCCCAGCUGAGAUUCCUUGAAGAGCUUGACCACCUGCACAAGCAGAGAAAGGAUGAAGAGGAACGUGAAAUGCUGCUUCGAGCAGCCAAGAGCCGUUACAAUAGAAAGGAUCCAGAACAGCUGCGGUUAAAGCAGAAAGCGAAAGAGAUGCAACAAAUGGAGUUAGAGCAGAUGCAGCAAAAAGAAGCCAACCUCACAGCCUUGGCAGCCAUUGGACCAAGGAAGAAGAGACCAUUGGAUUCAUCCAGUGCUGGAUCUGGGCUGGAGGGAUUGAAUGGCAGUGGAAGUGCUCCUAGCUCAGCAGGUUUUAGCCUUUCAAAGCAGCUGCUGUGCCCAAGAACCACCCGCGUCUGUCUCAGGGACUUGAUAUUCUGCAUGGAACGGGAGCGGGAGAUGAAACAGUCUCUGACCUUGUACCGUGCCCUGCUGAAGUGAGCCAGGGCUGAUGCUGCACCUCGCUCCCUACUGCCAAAGAAAACACUGAAGCAUUGUUGCACUGUCUUGAAAUCCCCCAUUCUGGAGACUCAUCAGUUGUGAGGGUAACUCGUGUUUACAGAGCAGCGUUUUUACUGAGUCCCUAACUUCAGCACCUGCAGGGCUUUUAGUAAUCCUUGGCUUAAAGCAGUCAGCACACUGAGCUGCACACACUGGCACCUGACUGCCUGCUUGCAUUCAGCUGCCUUGAUCCAUCUCCCUGGCUUAGGGAUGUUGUUUCUUGUCCUCCAGAGUCUGCAACGGCUGUUCUCCGUGUAGUGCCUUCUAAUCCACCCCUACUUAGGGGAAGAAAACCACACUUUAAAGGCACUUCACAGCAUGGCAACUGCAUUUAAUCAUGAGCCAGCAGGCCACAUGCUAAUGCAUAUCCUGACUCAGCUUCUCCUCACGUUCUCUGAGUUUGGAAUUGCUACUGGAUGCUCAUUUUGUGGAGAGCAAAGUAGCAAGCGAAAAGAAGGAGAGGAGCUUUCUCCUCCCUGCCUGGCCUGAGCUGCCCUCUUCCUUUCCUCUGGGAAAGUGAACAAGUUGGUGGCUGUUGUGAUUUAGGUACCUCAGGUGGGUGUGGUUCAGGCAUACUUCAAUGUUCAGGGACAGUUUGGAGUUACUGAAGUGGAACAUAAGGGGAGAAAGAGCCUAAAAAUGAAGGGUAAACAGUUUGGAGUUACAAAGGGGAACACAAGAGGUGAGAGAGCCUAAAAUGAAGGGUAAACAGUUUGGAGUUACAAAGGGGAACACAAGAGGUGAGAGACCCUAAAAUGAAGGGUAAACAGUUUGGAGUUACAAAGGGGAACACAAGAGGAGGAAGAGCCUAAAAAUGAAGGCUAAACAGUUUGGAGUUAAAAAGGGGAACACAAGAGGUGAGAGAGCCUAAAAUGAAGCGUAAACAAUUUGGAGUUACAAAGGGGAACACAAGAGGUGAGAGAGCCUAAAACUGAAGGGUAAACAAUUUGGAGUUACAAAGGGGAACACAAGAGGUGAGAGAGCCUAAAAAUGAAGGGUAAACAAUUUGGAGUUACAAAGGGGAACACAAGAGGAGGAAGAGCCUAAAAAUGAAGGGGAAACAAUUUGGACUUACUAAAGUGGAACACAAGGAGAAGAAGAGCCUAAAAAUGAAGGGGAAACAGGAGGAACAGUUGAGUCUCCUGUAGAUAUUAAAGCCAGCCCUGAACUCCAGCAGAAAUGCAGAAAGCAAUUAACCAAAUCUUGAAGGGGAAGACUUGAGAUGCACUGAAACUUUGCAGCUGGAGGCUGAGGGGGAAAAGCAGUGUUUGCAAAGCAUGGGAUUCCCUGCUUUGUUCCCAAUAGCUUCAUGUCAUCUAACAAGGACACUUCCCAGAUAGUAUUUAGACACUUGCCUGGUUUCCAUGCAGUGAGGAGGAGGAGGAGGACUCUGCUAGAAUAAGUCAUAGACUUUUCUCCUUGCUGGUCAAGACCACCGCAUGGUGGAAGGAAAAGCCUCCAGAACACUUCCCCCCAGCCUCCAAACAUUUUUUUUCCCCUCUUUCCCAUGACACUUGCAUGGCUGUUAGCCAGGACAGGUGGGCAAAGCCACUGGACUGUUUUGAAAGGCUUCCUGCUGAAACUUUGCCCGUGCUGCUUCAAAACCCUGCAGCCACCAGCCCAGCGCCUUCCUCCGUCAGAACCGCUGCAGGCGGUUACCAAAGUCACUGAGUUGUGAAUGGGUUAGGGUUUGUUUGGGGGGUUGUUGUUGUUGUUGUUGAAGCAGUAGUAAACAAAGCUACUUAUUGACUGCUGUAAAUUAAUAUAUAUGUAUAGAGCACACACACACAUAUAUAUAUAUAAGGAGUACUUUGACUAAGCUCCAGCUAGCAAGAUAAUGACGGCGUCAGGCAGAAUUGUUUUGUAUAAUGGAAUGCUCAGCUUUACUUUUUCUGUAAAGUGCAGCAUUGCCUCUGGUUCUCUACUGCAUCUUCUUGACCAAAUGUUGGAAAAAAAUUUAUUUUAAAUACUGCAUUAAAGCCAUUAUUUUAUUAAAAA